AUGUGUAAACAGCGCAAGUCCCGGUGCGAGAGAUCGCCAAAAGGCGGCAAGUGCACACAUUGCGCCGAAUAUAACCUGGAUUGCUCCUACGUCAAUGCUCAGAAGAAAUAUCCUUCAGGUUACGUUGUGGCGCUGGAGACGAAGGUCAAGCAGCUCGAAGCACUGGUCGCAGAGCUCCGCCCAGGGGAAGACUUCUCGCACCGAGUAGGCAAACCCAUCACGCGAAGAAACUGGAUGCAACUCGGCGUCGCGGGCAACAUCGAUACAGCUUCUUCUUCCGACUCGUCGCCGCCUGAUCUGCGACUACCUACUGUCGACCCGAGCUCGAUGGAUCCCAAUGUCCAAGAGGAAACUUUCGACGCCGAACUCGACAUUAUCUCGAAACUCAAGGACCUGGUGAUCGAACAUAAGCGCAUACAUCUCGCCAACUUCUACGGUAGCUCUUCGAGUCAGCACCUCAUUGCCAAUGCGCUGGAACUACAAAAUACCUCAGGACAAGCCCCUUCGAUCAACAUCCGCGUUCAAUUCUUGAGAUCCCUGCGGACGGAUUUCUGGUGUGAACGGCCAUGGGAGCGGGUGUAUGAGCGCAAGAGAACACCUGUGUAUACCUUUCCCGAUCACGACCUUCUCGCAAGGCUCGUGGGACUAUACUUCGACAACAUGAAUGUCUAUCUCCCCAUACUGCACCGCCUAAUCUUCGAGGACCAACUACGGCAGAGUCUUCAUCUGCGAGACGCGGAGUUCGGGGCGGUUGUUCUUCUCGUAUGCGCUAUUGGCGCGCGCCUUUCUGAUGAUCCUCGUGUACUCACAGAAGGCACCGACGAUUGGCACUCCGCUGGCUUCAAGUGGUUCUCUCAGAUCAUCCGGUUCGGUGAUACCCUUGCACCAUCCUUCAAUGUUCAUCAACUGCAGGCUGUAACGCUCGCCUGUAUCUAUCUGAAGGGACGGUCCGAGGUACCUGCGUGGACUCUGGCUGGUCUAGGUAUCCGACUGGCUCAAAACAUUGGAUUGCAUCGCAGGUCCGUGUAUGGCGAAACUCCGACCGUCAGCGAUGAACUGUUCAAACGAUGUUUCUGGUCCCUCGUACUUCAUGAUCGGUGGCUCAGUGCGAAUAUGGGGCGCUCAACCGCCAUAUCCGAGGAAGACUUCGAUGUCGAGCUGCCGAUAGAUUGCGAUGAUGAGUAUUGGAUGCCGGAGGAUCCUGAGCUGGCAUUCAAGCAACCAGAGGGCAAACCGUCGCGCGUCAGUGCAUUCAUCUGGAUCAUCAAGCUUUCCCACAUCGUAAGCUCGUCUCUGCGCACAAUUCAUGCGGGCAAGAAAGCCAAACUGUUCCACGGGUUUGUAGGCGCUGCUUGGGAAGAGAAGGCAAUCGCCUACCAUGACGCCGCCCUGGACCGAUGGGCUGAAUCUCUACCGGAACACUUGAUGUGGGACCCUGAAGCUAGUGAUCGCCUACGACUAUUACAGUCCGCGUUUGUGAACUCCCAAUACCAUGAACUCAGGAUCAUAAUUCAUCGCCCAUUCAUCUCCAUUCGAAGAGCAAAUACGCUGCCAUAUCCAUCUCUCGCCAUUUGCUUGAAUGCGGCAAGAAACUGUGCUCGCAUCUUCGAUGUGGCACACAAGCGCUAUCCCAUGGGUCUACCUCUAUCCUGGACCUGUGCGUUUGCUGCGGGCGUCAUACUGCUAUAUCAAGUGGUGCUUGCAAGGAGAUCACGAGCGGGUGUGUCUGAGGAGGAUCUAGAGGAUGCACGAAGAUGUUUGAAGUUCCUAACGGAUAUGGAGGCUCGCUCUCUCUCAGCCGGGCGGGUCCGUGACAUACUAGGGUUGAUGUCCUGCCUCGGAACUGGCGCCGCUUCCGGCCUACGCCACCACGACACACCUUCUAAUAACACCACGAGCAGGAAACGCGCUCGUGAAACGGACCACAACCCUCUCGAAGCGCCGGACGCAAGUGCUCACACGCAGGUUGAUUCUGCCUAUAUCAAUCGAUCGCGACAUACAGUCAGAGAGUCACCAGCCCAAGACACCAGCGAUGCUCAUCAUACAUAUCACCUACUGAACAAUGACGUCGCUGCUGCAACUGCAUACGCGACGGUGCCGGCAUUCAAUCAAACGGACUGGUCGCACCCUCCUUUCCCAUCUGCCCUGGUCGACCAGGUAGACUUUGCGCCUGACCUCGAGCCAUUCGGGGACGGCGCGACGUUGGCCGCACUAUUCGGAUAUCCUGCGCCCGCGAGCGAUCUUUCGAAUGAGAGGACUCCGUCUAUCGAUCCCUGGGCAUUCGCAUUGGGCUCUGCGGGGCUUCCUGUCCAACCUUCGCUGAGUGAUACGCAGGCAGACAUAAUGAACUUGUUCGGCAAUAACGGCAUCAUUGACCCGCACACAUCUAGCGACGUUGGCACCGCGGAUUGGGACUGGCAAAGCCUAUUGGAUGGGACGACUUCAAUUCCUAACUAUGACAGUGCCAGCAGGCCAUCUUUCUAA